AUGGAACCAUGCAUUUUGUAUCAGGACGAAGAAGCUUCAGUGAUAUUGCUGGACAUUCCUCGCUCUAUUGAGCUUGCUCAAGGCCACCACAAGUACAGAAUUGUGUCUUCCGAACCUUUACGCUCACCCUUCCCUUCUGUUGAACCCAAAUCUGCAAAAGCAAAAGCAAAUCUCAAAGAGGUUCCGAUUGAAGAUCUUGUGCUUCAAAAACACUUGCAGUUAGCACUCAACUCUGUUGCAGAGAAUUACUCGUGCGAAUGGAGUCUCCCUCGCACAACGAAAGACCCGCAAAAUACAGAUGUCGAAAUAGGAAACGGAAAGAGGAAGAGAGUAGAUGAGGGUCUUACGGUAGCAAAUUCUGGAAUACUGGAGAAGUCUACAUUCAAAUGGGAUCAGAAAGAGUGUACAUCACUUGAAAGAGAGUUUCCAUGUCUCAGCCAGAAUGCAACACAAUCAUCUAUCUUUAUCAAACCAAUGCCAACAGAACUGCUGGUUCGCAUGCCACCAUAUUCCUCCGCCUUAGAAGGAGAUAUCGCCCAGACAAUAACAACUUUCAGUAGUACAGCACCUAAAUUCGACUUAAUAGUGCUGGAUCCUCCCUGGCCCAAUCGAUCAGCAAGGAGGAAACAGGCAUACGGCAUCACCUAUUCCACAUCAGAAAUAAACCAAUUGCUUUCAUCAAUACCAAUUGAGGAUCAUAUGGUAGAUAAUGGUUUGGUGGCAGUUUGGGUAACCAAUAAAGUAGCCUUCCAAGAAUUGAUACUUGGCGAAGGAGGUUUAUUUGAUCAUUGGGGUAUCGAGCUGAAUGAGAAAUGGGUUUGGCUGAAAGUUACCACUGCCGGUGAGCCUAUAUGCCCGCUUGAUUCUGUUUGGAGGAAGCCGUAUGAAAUAUUGCUAGUAGGGAGGAAAAGGGUGCAGGAAGCCAGUACUCCACAGAUCAAGACUAAAGUGGUCAUUGGAGUUCCUGAUAUGCAUUCGAGAAAGCCGAAUCUCAAGCAUUUAUUUGCGGCUAUGGAGGACAAGCCAAAUAUCCUUGGACUCGAGAUAUUUGCGAGGAACCUAACGGCUGGUUGGUGGGCUUGGGGAAAUGAAGUGUUCAAAUUCCAAGCUGAAGAACAUUGGAAGGAUGACUAUUGA